AUGUGCGACGGCGACGGCUCGGACGUGGAGAACGACCGCUCGGUGUCCAACUCGGGUCGGUCCACCCCCGUGCGCGCGCAUCGCGCGCGCAAGGAGCGCGCGCACGGCGACGGCGCGCACGGCGCGCGACGAAACCCGUUGGCGAACGAGACGACGAACGCGGCGACGACGUCGCGCGUCGCGCGCGAGGAUGAGUCCUCGGCUUCGCUCGCGAGGCUGUUACAGGAGCAGGAGCGCGCGUACUUCAUGAUGCAAUUUGGAGAACGUGGUGCGGAUGCGGUGGUGGAGGACGCGCUGGUGGAGGACGCGCUGGUGGAGGACGAACGCGUGGUAGAGGAGAUGGAGGAGGAUGAAUCGCUCGCGUUGGCGAGGCAACUGCAGGAGGAGGAGGAACGCGCGUACAGGCAACGGAUGCUCGCUAUGGCGGGCAUCGACCCGGACGCGGAGGAAGAUUCCGAGGCGGAGGGCAUCGAUACGGACGCGAUGACGUACGAAGAGCUGUGUGAACUCGGCGAUACCGUGGGAAAGGUAUCGUGCGGGCUCACGGAGGAGCAGCUCGCGUCUUUGCCCGCGCGCAUCGUCGACGCAAAAGUGGCGGGGACAAAGUGCGCCGUAUGCUGCAUGGAAUUUGACCUAGGCGAAAGCGCGUGUCAACUCCCCAGGUGCGGUCACGUGUACCACGGCGAGUGCGUUGAGCCGUGGCUCAAAGAAAACAAGUCCUGUCCUACGUGUAAGACUGAAGUUUUCGAGGACAAGACGGAGAAGAAGACGGUGCGACGCGCGCUUUGA